AUGUUACGAUUAUCCUAUUUGGUUGGAUAUUAUAUAUUUUUUGCAUCAAUAAUUUGUACCUUGGAUAUUCAAGACAAGAUGAUAAAUACUGUUACUUUACUUCAACUACUUCAAGUUUAUCGAUUACGUACAAAAGAACGAAUUUACGAAUACAUCAUCAAUUAUAUUGACAAAGUAAAAGCUUCUAAUAUUCAAAUACCACCAACUUGUCUUUGUCAAAAUUCCGAUUCAAAAGAUGGCUGGUGUGAAUCAUGUGGAACUGGUAUGGUUCCUGGUGUAAUACUUCCUCCUUGGACUAGUGGACAUCCGGAAAUCAACAAGAUUAUUUUUAAUUCCCAACUUGAAUCUAAACAUAU